AUGGUGCAAACAACUAAAAACCUCCUCACAAAAUCCGACGAUCCAUAUGAAGCACUACUCGCUUACAGAGCUACCCCACUUGAAAACGGAUUCAGCCCAGCCGAAUUAUGCAUGGGAAGGCGACUACGCACCACCCUUCCAACUACCCCAUCUAAACUAACACCGCAAUGGCCUGAGUUAACGAAAUUGCGUGAAAAGGAAGGCAAGAUUAAGACCGAGCAAACAAAAGAUUACAACCGACGACAUACAGUUAAAGAGCUGAGUCAUCUGUCACCAGGCGAUCUUGUUUAUAUCCCUGAUCGUAAAGAGAACGCGGUGGUAGUAGCCAAAACACCAGAGCCACGUUCCUAUUACCUCGACACUGACAGUAACGCAACUGUUCGAAGAAACAGACUGCAGCUCAAUCCAAAUCCUAAAGAAGCAAAGUACGUAGCAGGAAGCCCUUUACCCGAUCCUCCUGAAACUUCUAAGGAUCAGCCACCUGUUCCAGCAGAGGAGAAAGAUCCUUUACGGUCUGCUCAAAAGUCUUCUAUUCCAGUUCCCGUUCCAGGAAACACUACUCGUUCCGGAAGAAAAGUUAACCCGCCCAAGAGAUUAGGUUUUGAUUAG